UCCUCACACGUAAAGUCAAUAAACGUGUUCGGUGUCAUGGCUGAGAAUCGAAAGAGAAAUUUGUCCGAGAAAGAAGCAAUCGAUAAGAACCCAUCCGUCAUCGAAGACGACGACGAUGUCUGGAUCGGUCCCAUGCCACACGAGGCCCAGAAACCCAAGAAGAAGAAAGUGCUGGAAUAUGAACAGGUCUACCUGGAUAACCUCCCUUCGGCCGAAACUUAUGAAUACAGCUACAUGCACCGCGAUGUAAUUGCGCACAUCACAGUUACCAAGUCUGGUUUUAUAAUCACAGCCAGUAUUGAUGGUCAUGUGAAGUUCUGGAGGAAACUGGAAGAAGCUGGCAUUGAGUUUGUGAAGCAUUUCCGCAGUCACCUAGGAAACAUUGAAGAUGUCUCGGCAAGCAGCAACGGCGAGUAUUACUGCACCAUAUCGAAUGACAAAUCUGUGAAAGUUUUCGAUGUCGUCAACUUUGGUUAGUAUCGCAA